AUGUCUGCGGACGAGCUGCCGCCCCAUCUGCGGGCAAUUGCAAGAACACAAGAAGCCGAACCUCCCAGCGAAGCUCAAGUCAUUAGCGACCUCGGCUUCAAGAGCAUCGGCGACUUUCUGCACUUCUUCGGGCUGAAGAUGGGCACGGAGCAGGAGCGCUCUGAGAGCCACCUCAUCUUCCGCAUCCUUCGUGCGCCCGACACCGAAGCCCAGCGCCGGGCUCUGCAGAAGGCCAUGAAGGAUGCCCUGAUUGCGACUCAGAGUGACGCGCUAGAUCGUGGCAAUACGCGCACUCGUGAUCCCGGACUUCCCCCUCAAGACUUGCAUGUUCCUGAGCAGAAACAGGCAGGACUCGCUUUCGACGGCGCCGUGGCCAUCCGCAAAACCUGGAUCAACGGCGAACCACAGAGCACCGAUGGACAGCCCGCCAGCACCGCCAUCAAGUUAGGAGCCGCGGGCGAACAAAGUACUUCUACCACCGCCGUCGGCCAGGUCGAUGGUCCCAAGAGCCCCGAUGCAUCUGACCGCCAGGAUGUACUCAACAAGCAGCGUCUACAGGGGCUGGAUGCCCAAGUCUACAACUGGUACAACAACGAAAGCGACGAAGAGGAAGGCGAAGUUGCGGGCGGAAAGUUCUACACAGAGGCCGGCUCAUACGAUGCGGAAAGCAACUACUUCUGGCAGGAAGAAGACGAUGGCUGGAAGGGUUGA